CGCUGUGACCUCCCGCAGCAGGUAUACGAAAGACCUGUGGGGAAAAGGAUCCUCAACGCGGACGAUGUCCCGAGCGUCCUCUUCUCCGAAGUCGACUUCGAUCUAGCCACUUCCACUGGGACUCAUUCUUGUGUUAGGUUGUGUGUGUUUCGUUUCGCAGGAUUAUUACCGCGUGCACGCUUCUUUCGCAUUUUCUUUUUUUUUUUUUAAUCCUGUGGGGGAACGAGACGGCGGGGUAGUCUUCAUCUGUGCUGCCAGGCCCAGGACCUGUUGCCUGCCUCGAUAGCAUUUUUUUUUUUUCGACCACUACUACAAGCACUCCGGCAGCUGUGUUGUGUGCUCCGAAACCCUGGGAACGGAUACAGAACCGACUUCGGCUGUCGUCUGCUUCGAAGGCAUUGACAGCAGAGGGGGCCGCGGACGGGCGGGCAGCAGCAGCAGCAGCCACUAGAGGCCAGCACUUGAGCAGCGGGGCCCGGCUGAGGAAGAGCGGGCACCAUGGAGCUGGCGCACACCAAGACCACCAAGGAGGUGCUGGACUACUUCGGCACAGACCCCGAGCGGGGCCUUACCGAGUCCCAGGUCAAAAAGCUACAGGACAAGUAUGGUCCCAACGAACUACCUGCAGAAGAGGGAAAGCCUCUGUGGCAACUUAUACUCGAACAGUUUGACGACCUUCUAGUGAAGAUUUUAUUAUUAGCUGCUGUUAUUUCAUUUGUGUUGGCGCUAUUUGAGGAGCAUGAAGACUCCAUCACAGCCUUUGUUGAACCUUUCGUCAUCUUGCUCAUUCUGAUUGCCAAUGCCGUCGUCGGCGUGUGGCAGGAACGUAAUGCAGAGAGCGCGAUAGAAGCGCUGAAAGAGUACGAGCCCGAGAUGGGCAAAAUUAUACGCGCCAACAAACAGGGUGUCCAAAAGAUUCGUGCCAAGGAAAUUGUGCCUGGAGACCUUGUGGAGGUGUCCGUCGGUGACAAGGUCCCAGCCGAUAUCCGGUUGAUGAAGAUCCACUCAACAACCCUACGAGUGGACCAGUCCAUCUUGACCGGAGAGUCUGUCUCGGUCAUCAAGCACACAGACGCAAUUCCAGACCCCCGUGCUGUCAACCAGGACAAGAAAAACAUUCUUUUUUCGGGUACCAACAUUGCAUCAGGAAAGGCUGUUGGCAUUGUCAUUGGAACUGGCCUUGAAACUGCCAUUGGUAAGAUCCGGACAGAGAUGACGGAGACGGAAGAAGUGAAGACCCCACUGCAACAGAAGUUGGACGAGUUUGGAGAGCAGCUCUCCAAGGUGAUCUCUGUGAUUUGCGUGGCGGUGUGGGCCAUCAACAUUGGACACUUCAACGACCCAGCCCACGGUGGCUCGUGGAUCAAGGGGGCCGUGUACUACUUCAAGAUUGCUGUAGCGCUAGCUGUAGCCGCCAUCCCCGAGGGCUUGCCGGCCGUCAUCACCACUUGCUUGGCCCUGGGCACGCGGCGCAUGGCCAAGAAGAAUGCCAUCGUGCGCUCCCUGCCCUCGGUCGAGACCCUCGGUUGCACAUCGGUCAUCUGCUCCGACAAGACUGGCACACUCACCACCAACCAGAUGUCGGUGAGCCGCUUCUUCAUUCUGGACAAGGCCGACCCCGGCGACAUCGCCUUCCACGAGUUUGAGGUGACUGGCUCUACGUACGAGCCCAUUGGUGAGGUCUUCAAGAACGGCGCCAAGGCCAACUGCGCAAACUACGAGGCCCUGCACGAGCUUACCACCAUCUGCUGCAUGUGCAACGACUCCAGCAUUGACUUCAAUGAGUACAAGCAAGCCUUUGAAAAAGUGGGUGAGGCCACGGAGACUGCACUGAUUGUGCUGGCUGAGAAGAUGAACCCCUUCGGAUUCGACAAGAGCGGCAAGUCCAGACGCGAUGCAGCGCUGACGGUCAAUCACGGCGUGCAGGCAAUGUGGAAAAAGGAGUUCACCCUUGAGUUCUCCCGGGACCGAAAGUCUAUGAGCUCUUACUGUGUUCCUACAAGAGCUGCUGCGAACACCAAGCUUGGCACUGGACCCAAGAUGUUUGUGAAGGGAGCCCCUGAGGGUGUUCUGGAACGGUGUACCCACUGCAGGGUUGGCGACAAGAAGAUGGCUAUGUCGGGAGCUGUGAAGCAACGCAUCUUGGAACUUACACGUGCCUACGGCACGGGCCGUGACACACUGCGGUGCCUGGCUCUUGCCACCUUGGACAACCCACCCAAGCCGGAAGAGAUGGAGCUUGGUGACUCCAACAAGUUUGCGUCCUACGAGGUGAACAUGACCUUUGUUGGUGUGGUCGGCAUGCUGGACCCGCCCCGGAAGGAAGUGUUUGACUCCAUCAUGCGUUGCCGGGCUGCUGGCAUUCGGGUCAUUGUGAUUACGGGCGACAACAAGAGCACGGCUGAGGCCAUCUGUCGCCGCAUCGGUGUCUUUGGGGAGGAUGAGGACACCACGGGCAUGUCCUACUCUGGCCGCGAGUUUGACGACUUACCCUUGGAGGAACAGCGACGAGCCGUCCAGAGGGCGCGGUUGUUCUCACGAGUGGAGCCCUCCCACAAGAGCAAGAUUGUAGAGUUCCUCCAGGCGGACGGCGAGAUCUCUGCCAUGACUGGUGAUGGUGUGAAUGACGCGCCUGCUCUGAAGAAGGCGGAAAUUGGCAUUGCAAUGGGCUCGGGUACAGCAGUGGCCAAGUCUGCUUCGGAAAUGGUGCUUGCCGAUGACAACUUCUCGAGCAUUGUGUCGGCCGUGGAGGAAGGGCGUGCCAUCUACAACAACAUGAAGCAGUUCAUCCGUUACCUGAUCUCCUCCAACAUUGGCGAGGUGGUGAGCAUCUUCCUGACGGCGGCACUGGGCCUGCCCGAGGCCCUGAUCCCCGUGCAGCUGCUCUGGGUGAACCUGGUGACUGACGGCUUGCCUGCCACUGCCCUCGGCUUCAACCCGCCCGACCUGGACAUCAUGGAGAGGCCUCCUCGCAAGGCUGACGAGUCCCUCAUCUCAGGCUGGCUGUUCUUCCGGUACAUGGCCAUUGGGGGCUACGUGGGUGCGGCGACGGUGGGCGCGGCGGCUUGGUGGUACAUAGUGUGCCCGGAGGGGCCGCACCUCAACUACUACCAGUUGACGCACCACCUGUCCUGCCUCACAGACAAGGAGAACUUCCGUGGCGUCGACUGCGCAGUCUUCCACGACCCGCACCCGAUGACCAUGGCUUUGUCUGUGCUCGUCACCAUUGAGAUGCUCAAUGCCCUCAACAGCUUGUCCGAGAACCAGUCUCUCCUGGUGAUGCCUCCCUGGACCAACUUGUGGCUGGUGGCAGCCAUGACUCUUUCCAUGACUCUUCACUUUGUUGUGCUGUACUGCGACAUCCUCAACACGGUGUUCUCGGUGUGCCCGCUGUCUGUGGCUGAGUGGUUCGCUGUCCUCAAGAUGUCCAUUCCGGUCAUCAUCCUCGACGAGACGAUGAAGUUCAUCGCCCGCAAGUUCAUCGAUGUUGCCCCCGAUAUGCAGAAGAAGAAGAACUAGACGGACAGGGGGAAAAAACAAAGCCAACGAAAUGAAAAAUGGUGCGCGCACCCCCUUCUUUGCACGAACUGUUGGGCGACUGUGAGAAGACUCCAGCCGUGCGGGGAAAACGUGAACAACUCUCUUCGUUAGUGAAUUGUGUGACCUCAGAAACUUGUAGUAGUGCAUGUUCUCGUUAGCGGUGAAUUCAACUUUUCCUCCCUGGUCCUGUCUUUUUUUUUUUUUUUUUUUUUUUGCGGUCAAUUAUUUUUUUCUUUCUGUUUGAAUGCUCCCAGAGCUUUCUUGCAGUUCUUGACAUGGCAAAGUAAGGCGCGUUUUGUGUAUCCGAAGAAGAAGAAAACACGCACGUAGCAGACGACGGCAGGCGCGUGUCGUGUGACCGGUUUCAUCCCAAACGUUAACGCACACAUCCCUUGUUUAUUUCAUUUGUGUGACUUUUCUCGAGUUCUAAGUGUCUAUGCCGAGGCUCCGUGCCCGUGUUCAGAGACGCAGAUUUUUUUCCCCCGGGUGUGCAAUAUAGGAAUUCAUUAAUAUAAUCAUCUUUAAAGAAUACCAAACUAACCAAAUGCGGUGGUGUCGGCCGUGCGCUCCGCCAUUGCGGGCCUAGUUUUCGUCUGCUAUGCGUGGGCGUUGUCUGCAAGUUGAGCGCCGGCCGCACCCACCAUUCCAAGAAAAACAAAUACGAGCCCGAACAAAAAAAAUGUAUAAACAACGCUGCCAGGAGCUUCGGACGGCGUUGGCUUGAAGAAAGCUCGUCGUGUGAGCUCUGCCGGGAAUAAAAAAGGAAAAACGACGGUCGUCGGAACGCACAGCCAUCACGUAUACCAUCUCAUUCCCCGUUCCUCUAUCCUUUUUUUUUUUUUUCUCACUCCUAUGUGUUUGCCCACCACUUAUGUUAAUUUAAAACCGAGAGAGCUGCAUUUUCGGCGAAAAUAUACGGUAUGUGUACCACUACUGCACGCGUUGUGUGUUCUCAACGUAGGGAUGUUCGAAAUGACUUUUUUUUUUUUUUUUUUCUUGCUCACUUCUCUUGUAUAGCUGAGCCUCUUUUCGUGGUCGUCUUACACAUUUUUCUUUUUUUUUUUUUCCUCGCUGCUUGAUCGUGUGUACAUGACAUAGAUCUGGCAUAUUAUUGUGCUGAUGUGCUACUGUGCGUGAAAGGAAAACAAAAAGAAAGGUAAAUAGAUGUUCUUCAUCGGAAGUCGAUGACGGCAGAAGUGCACCGCCAAGCGAAGGCAGUAAAGCCGGCCUAGUCUGGGAAUCGAGGGAGUUGGGGGAAGAAAAAAAAAAAAAGAAAGCGUGGGAAAGAUGGAGGCACGACCGUUGCGUCGCCGUGAGCGUGUGACGUGUAAAAAUUGUCGCCCGGCGUGUCGCAGAAGGCUUUGUAUGCACCGUCACUCGAAGGAGCCGACCACGAACGAGAAGUUAGCGAGAGAGAGAAGAAAAAAAAAAAACACGGUCGACUGUGGUAGGUUUCCGUGGCGGGCGUCUCGAAGGCCUCAAAGCAGACGGCAAGGUUUGCCCCCCCCAUCCGCGAUAGAUGACGCUCGCUGCACGGAUUCGAUAAAAGAGCACGACUACACGCAUCAGACGAGGAGGCGCGCCGUUUUCAUUCGCCACAGCCAUACAUGCACAUCGUGCCCGUUGUCGUUCGGUGCUCUUUGUUUUGCGAGCGAGUUAUCGAGAUUACCGGAGACCCCCAAGGAGGAGGGAAAAGGGAGGAGGCUACGGCGCGCGCUGACAAGCAAAACUAAAAUGGGCCGCCCGUCGCGUAGCGCACGAUGUACACGUCCUUUGUUCCCGCGGACUUUCACUCGUCUCUCGACCACUUGUGAUAUAUGUUAGCGCUGUGUGUCCACGUCCCACCGCCACCACCGAUCCCCCCCACCCUCUAAACCACACACCUCCCCUCGCCACCACCACCACCACCACUACACAUUUGCCCCCCUGUCCCCCUCCUCCUCAAUCGGAAUGGGAAAGAGACCGUUUUGUACAGACCGGUGUGGACGGAGGUCAACCGUGUACCAUAAAUAGAGUGAAAAUAAAACACGACUCCUCUAAACGUC